AUGAGUGGUAAUUCUGAAAAGGGCAAAUCUGUUACGGUGGAAGACGAAUUUGCAAUGCCGUCGAAUAGUGAUACCGAGCCGUUACGUGGUCAGGUUAAUUUUGAAGCAAAUUUUGGCCAGUUAUCCUUGGAAAUGUUAAAAUUUUUGUGCCUUGGAAUGGGCAUUUCCGAUGUGGGCAAAGCUGUUAAUGUUGAUAAGGAUACAAGUAGUUUUGGUGCUUCUUUUCUCCCUUGUAACCCUGGCCUUUCGUUUAACCCUGAGCACCAAUCUAAUGGAUAG